ACAUCUGCCGAGCUAUUGAGUUGCUGGAAAAGUUGCAGAGGAGUGGUGAGGUACCCCCUCAAAAAUUACAGGCUUUACAAAGGGUCCUUCAGAGUGAAUUUUGUAAUGCAGUAAGGGAGGUAUAUGAGCAUGUAUAUGAGACUGUGGACAUCAGCAGCAGCCCAGAAGUGAGAGCUAAUGCUACAGCAAAGGCUACUGUUGCUGCUUUUGCCGCCAGUGAAGGUCAUUCACAUCCCAGAGUUGUCGAACUUCCAAAAACAGAAGAAGGGCUUGGAUUCAACAUCAUGGGUGGCAAGGAGCAAAAUUCUCCAAUCUAUAUAUCCCGAAUUAUCCCAGGUGGUAUUGCUGAUAGACACGGGGGAUUGAAGCGUGGAGACCAACUUCUUUCUGUAAACGGAGUGAGUGUUGAAGGGGAGCACCAUGAAAAGGCUGUAGAACUGCUAAAAGCAGCUCAAGGAAAAGUUAAGCUGGUUGUACGCUAUACACCUAAAGUCCUAGAAGAGAUGGAAUCACGAUUUGAAAAAAUGAGAUCAGCAAAACGCAGGCAACAGAAUUAAUAUUGAAUUACAUCCAGUAUUAUAGGAAGGAACUGCUUACAG